UAAUCUAAACAACGCCGUAUUGUUUUUGACGUAAAUAUAACCUUUGUAACCAAACUUGUUCGAAACUAUUUAAAUAAAAGUACAUUUAUCAAAAAUAGCUCAGUCCGUUUUUCUUUUUGCCAUGUUAUCAACGAGUACUGCUAAUAGACGUCUAAACGUCCUUUUUCGCAUUUUACAUCAUCACAGUAAUGGUGUCAAUCCAGGAUAUGUUAGAGCUUACUUAGCAAGUGAUUCUGUAACGAUAGGCGGAGUAACCAAAGAAAUUAAAAAAGAAAAUCAUCCCGAAUAUAUCCCGAGAAAUUAUUUCAAGGAUAAUUUAAGCCAAAGCACCUUACAUCAUUUACGAUGGAUGAUGCAAAAAGACAAUUUGGGGCAAGAUAUCUUUUUAAUUGGUCCUCCAGGGCCGAGAAGAAGGCAGUUAGCUAUGCAAUACUUAGAAAUGACUAACAGAGAACAUGAAUAUAUUGCUUUAAGUCGAGAUACCACUGAAGCGGAUAUAAAGCAACGAAGAGAAAUAGUUGGAGGUUCUGCAAAGUAUUUUGAUCAAAGCGCUGUUAGAGCUGCAGUUACUGGACGAAUUUUAAUUUUAGAGGGAAUUGAAAAAGCUGAAAGAAAUGUUUUACCAGUUUUAAAUAAUUUAUUAGAAAAUCGCGAGAUGCAUUUAGAAGAUGGAAGGUUAUUGAUACCAUCUCAUAGAUAUGAACAAUUAUUGAAAGGUUACACUAAAGAUCAAUUGGAUUCUUGGAAAUUAGUUAAAGUUGAUGAAAAUUUUAGAGUUAUAGCUUUAGGAUUACCAAUUCCAAAAUAUCGCGGAAAUCCUUUGGAUCCACCAUUAAGAUCCCGAUUUCAAGCAAGAGAUGUCACCAGUGAUACAUAUCAGGAAUGGCUUGGAGAAUUACAAACGAUCGCUCCCAACGUACCAAAAGAAAAACUAACUAACCUCCUCGAUGCGGCAUUCGUUUUAAUGACCAAAGAAGCAUCUAAUUUAGGUUUACCCGAUUUCCCCGUGGAUAACCUUCCAAUUGCCGCGAAAAUGUUGGAAAGAAACCCGGAAUUAUCAGUUUAUAACGUUUUUUAUCGACUUUAUCCGUAUCGCACCUUAUUAAAAGAUGGAAUCAAAUCGGUUGAAGAUCUUUUGGUGAUGUUAAAAGUUGGGGUUGAAACGAAACCGAAAAUAUCGUUACAAAACAUCGCUGAAAAAUUGGGGGGUUUAUUCAAACCGAAAGAAAUAAAAAAAUCGAAAAAUGGGAAUUACAUUGAAACUGAAAAUCAAAAUUUAUUGAUUCAUGAAAUGAUGCAGUCUUUUAUGGUGGGUGAUUUUUGUAUCGUUGGCCCUCGAGGUUGUGGAAAAAGUUUAUUGAUUAAUCAACUAGCGGAUAUGUUAGGAAAAGAAACGGAGUUGAUCGUUUUAUAUCAAGACAUGACAUCGAGGGAUUUAAUUCAACAAAGAACCACUUUGGAUAACGGGGAUACAAUUUGGAGGUUUUCGCCAUUAAUUACAGCAGCUUUAGAAGGAAAAAUCGCCGUUUUAGAUGGAAUCCAUCGAAUUCAUCCAAGCACAUUAUCCGUCUUACACAGACUAGUUCAUGAUCGCGAAAUUCAACUUCACGAUGGUAAACGUCUAAUUAACUAUGAGAAAUAUAAAUUUCUUCAAACCGAAUUUAAAUUAACCGAGGAUCAAUUACAAUCUAACGGAAUUUAUCCGAUUCACCCCGAUUUUAAAAUAAUCGCAAUCGGAGAACCCCCAAUUUUUCAAACGGGUGGAAAUUGGAUGUCACCGGAAGUUUUAAGUUUAUUUACAUUCCACGAAGCGAAACCUUUAUCAAAACUAGAAGAAAUGCACAUAAUAACAACUCAAUUUGGAGCGAUUUCGAAACCUUUACAUCAAAUAAUCGAAUUAGCUCACGUUUUACGUGAACAUCUAGACCCAACUUUAAGAAAUUUAUCAGGGCAUUUAUCUACAAGGCAAUUAUUAAGAAUCGCGUCGAGGAUGCAGAAAUAUUCAACCGAUGAUGCUUACGAAACUAUCGAAGCGACGUUUAUGAUGAAAUUUUUACCGAAUUUAACCCGAGACGCCUUAGAAAGAACAUUAAAUAAUUUAGGAAUUAGAAAAGUCGAAUCCGACGAAGAUGUCAGUGUUAAAUAUGGAAUUGUUGAUAAGGUUUUGACGAUAGGAAAAACUUCGAGUCCUGUUUUUCAAACUGAUAAUUUAACCAAAGUACCUAAUAUUUUGUUUUAUGAUGUCCCCCAACAUAUUCAAUUAAUGGAAACUUUGUUACAAGAUUUUCAAUUGGGACAACAUUUAUUAUUGGUUGGAAAUCAAGGUGUUGGCAAAAAUAAAAUCGUCGAUCGAUUUUUAGAACUUUUAAAUCGCCCAAGAGAAUAUAUUCAAUUACAUCGGGACACCACAGUUCAAACUUUAACUGUCCAACCAAGCGUUAUUGAUGGUUUAUUAGUCCAUGAGGAUUCACCAUUGGUAAAAGCGGUUAAAUUCGGUCACGUUCUCGUCGUAGAUGAAGCUGAUAAAGCCCCAACUCAUGUAACGUGCAUUUUAAAAACUUUAGUUGAAUCUGGACAGAUGAUUUUAAGUGAUGGCCGAAGAAUUGUUACUUCUUUACCACCAAAUAUUAUUGAUAAAUCGAAAUUUAUCGUAACACAUCCAGAUUUUAGGAUAAUCGUUUUAGCAAAUAGACCUGGAUUUCCAUUCUUAGGAAACGACUUUUUCGGUGCUUUAGGCGACCUAUUUAGUAGUCACGCUGUAGAUAACCCAACGAGAAAAUCAGAAAUUGAUAUGUUACAGCAAUAUGGCCCUAAUGUGCCUCUUGAGACUAUCCAAAGAUUGGUUAAAGUGUUUUCUGAACUAAGAAAUAUGGCCGAUCAAGGAUUAGUUAAUUAUCCAUAUUCUACAAGGGAGGUUGUUAAUAUAGUGAAGCAUUUACAGAAAUUCCCUCACACUGAUAUCGAAGAUGCAAUCUUCAACGUAUUCGAUUUCGAUCGUUACAGCCCUGAAGUAGUAGAAACCGUCGGUGGAGUCCUCCACAAACACGGAUUUACGGACAAAAAUGUUUUUACAGCUGAAUAUUUAGCUUUAAAACGUGCUAAAGAGUAUUUACAAGUUACAAUUGACUCAAAAAGUGGUAAAGAUACUUCAGCGCCUAAACACGGUAAAGAAGAUCCGAAAAAUGACCCGCACGUUGGUGGAAACACCUGGGCUGGAGGUACUGGAGGUCGAGAUACCGCUGGAUUAGGUGGAAAAGGGGGGCCUUAUCGUUUAGAUAAAGGCCACCCAGUUCAUCAACUUUCUGACGAAGAAAAAGCAUCGGUUCCCGAACAUGUUUUACAAGCUGCACGAGAAAUGGGUAGAAAAGCUUUUCAAGAAAAAUUAAAAGAAAUUGGGAUGAGUGGAUAUGAUGCAAGUCUUUAUAAUCAAUUUGCGCAUGCUGUAGCAAGACAAGUACAAAGUUUAAGGGUUAUUUUAGGCACUUUACAAGCUAAAAAUAAAGAAAGACAUUGGACAAGACAUCAAACAUCCGGGGAUUUAGAUGAUAUUAAAUUAAUUGAUGGUUUAUUAGGCGAAAAAAAUGUUUUUAGACGAAGAACUGAACAAAACCCCGAAUUAGGGGCGCCUCAAUUAAAACCAAAAUUCUUUAGAAUUGUUGUUGAUGUCUCAGCGAGUAUGUACAGGUUUAAUUCUUUUGAUGGUCGCUUGGAUCGGACCUUAGAAGCUGUUUUGAUGGUAAUGGAAGCUUUUGAAGGAUUUGAAGACAAAAUACAAUAUGAUAUUUUGGGUCAUUCUGGUGAUGCUGAUCGAAUUGACUUUGUUAAACGAAAAAAUCCACCGAAAAAUAAUAAAGAACGAUUAGAUUUGUUGCGAGUAAUGAUUGCUCACGCCCAAUUUUGCUGGUCUGGUGAUCACACCGUUGAGGCAACUCAAACAGCUAUUGCUGAUUUGGCAAUGGAAGAUGAUUGCGAUGAAGCAAUUACUGUUAUUUUUUCGGAUGCUAACCUUCAAAGGUACGGAAUUUCACCCGCUAAACUUGGAGCUGCAUUAACUUCGCAUGAAAAAGUUAGUUCGUAUAUGAUUUUUAUUGGAAGUCUUGGGAAUCAAGCUCAGAUGAUCUCUGAACAAUUGCCAGCAGGAAGAGCUUUUGUAUGUACAGAUUUAGCUAAUUUACCACAAAUUCUUAAGCAAAUUUUCUCUUCGUCUAUUAUAACAUCUAGUACAUAAUGUAAAUUAAUUAAUAGGCAAUUUAAAACUAUUUAUAAAUACAGAUUUUAUAAUAAUUAUUUUAAUAAA